UUUCCGGGUCGUUGUGGCGGAAGAGGAUGUGAGGGGACAAUCUGCCCCGUGGGUGACGUCACCUAAAACAACAUUGGAACAACAUCUGGAAUCAGAAACUGGAAGCAGCAGGACGUUGAGAAGGAGGUCAUGUUCAGCGACAUGGAUUUUGAAAUUGAAGAAGAUAAGUUGGGAAUUCCGACUGUGCCUGGGAGAGUGACACUUAAAAAGGAUUCUCAGAAUUUAAUUGGAAUCAGCAUCGGAGGAGGUGCCCAGUACUGUCCCUGUUUAUACAUCGUGCAGGUUUUCGAUAACACUCCAGCUGCUCUGGACGGGACGCUGGCCGCCGGCGAUGAGAUCGUCGGAGUGACCGGGAAAUCGGUGAAAGGGAAGACGAAAGUGGAAGUGGCCAAGAUGAUCCAAGCUGUGAAGGGAGAAGUUACAAUUCAUUACAAUAAACUCCAGGCUGAUCCUAAGCAAGGCAAAACCUUAGAUAUUGUUCUGAAGAAGGUUAAACAUCGAUUGGUAGAGAACAUGAGUUCAGGGACUGCUGAUGCGCUGGGUCUGAGCCGGGCCAUUCUGUGUAAUGACGGACUUGUGAAGAAGCUGGAGGAACUGGAGAGGACAGCAGAGCUGUACAAAGGACUGAUGGAACACACGAAAAGGCUGCUGCGAGCGUUCUUUGAGCUGUCACAGACGCACAAAGCGUUUGGUGACGUGUUUGCUGUCAUCGGGGUGAGAGAACCGCAGCCCGCUGCCAGCGAGGCCUUCAUCAAGUUCGCGGAAGCUCACCGGAGCAUCGAGAAGUUUGGCAUCCGACUCCUGAAGACAGUGAAACCAAUGCUCAGCGACCUGAACACAUACCUGAACAAGGCCAUUCCUGACACUAAACUCACCAUUAAAAAAUACCUCGAUGUCAAGUUUGAAUAUUUGUCCUACUGUCUGAAGGUGAAGGAGAUGGACGACGAGGAGUACAGCUGCAUUGCUCUUCAGGAACCGCUGUACCGAGUCGGCACUGGGAACUAUGAAUAUCGCCUGAUUCUCCGCUGUCGACAAGAGGCCAGAGCACGAUUCGCCAAGAUGAGGAAGGACGUUCUGGAGAAAAUCGAACUUUUGGACCAAAAACAUGUUCAGGACAUCGUGUUCCAGCUCCAGCGCUUUGUCUCCGCCAUGUCCAAGUACUACGACGAGUGUUACGCCAUCUUAAAGGACGCAGAUGUGUUUCCAAUCGAGGUGGACCUGACCAAAACCAUGUUGAACUACAGUCCGAAGGACCUUUGCACUGACACAGAAGAGGAGGAGAAGGAUAAUGAGGAAAAUGGAGAGAAACUCUUUGACGAUGAAUAGACUCCUUCGGGAAGAAACACUGGAACCCUUAUCGUAAAUUAAGACCAGGUGGUCUGUAGUUGGAGUGAUGCUCUUAUUUAUGUCUCCUGUGACAAAACUGUUGAUUCCUGUCAGAUAAACACUUCCUGGGAAUCCUCGUUGUACGGGCGUUUGUUGUGGUGUCGGAUCCUGUUCUUGCCUCCUUUGUCUCAGAGCUUCCAGAGGUGACGUGUAGGGACCUGGUUGGAGCAGUGUCCUUGCUCCGACCGGCUGGCGUUCCGCAUCCCUGCCAGUCACGACAUCUCUGCUGUGAGCAGUGCGCUGGGCCCUCAAGGCGAAUGAGAUCUCACUCAGGCAGCCCACGUCACGCGCAGCUUACUGAACGGAAGAUCUUUCCAUCCAUUUGGUCAACAAGUGCAGUGGUCCUGUGGCAGUCCAAGUGAAACACGCCCCCAGGAAAUCUUCACUGCUCUGAUUGUUGCCUCUGCAGUCUGCCUGUUCAUUCUGUGUGUGAAGAUGUGAGGGUGUACCCACUGAUUACUGUGAAACUACUCCCCGUUCAUCCCUGUGUGCUGAUGGUGUGACACUAUUCCCCAUUGGUUUCCCUAUUCUGGAGUGUGAGUGUCUACGUCAUUGAACUCUGCAUUCUGUGGGUCUUGGGAGGGUUACUGAUGGGUUUCUGUAGGUCAGGGUAUGACAGACCUCCCCACCGAUCUCUGUCCCCAGGGUGUGAGCGUUCUCCCUGUCGAUCUCUGUACCCUGGGUGUGAGACCCCCCACCGAACUCUGUACCCUGGGCAUGAGACCCCUCCCACACUGAUCUCUGUACCCUGGGCAUGAGACCCCUCCCCCACCGAUCUCUGCACCCUGGGUGUGAGACCUCCCCCCACCGAUCUCUGUUCCCUGGGUGAGACAUCCCCACCGAUCUCUGUACCCUGGGUGUGAGACCCCCCCCAAUUGAUCUCUGUCCCCUGGGUGUGAGCGUUCUCCCCACCGAUCUCUGUCCCCUGGGUGUGAGACCCCCCACCCGAUCUCUGUACCCUGGGUGAGACAUCCCCACCGAUCUCUGUACCCUGGGUGUGAGACCCCCCCCACCGAUCUCUGUCCCCUGGGUGUGAGACCACCCCCAAUUGAUCUCUGUCCCCUGGGUGUGAGCGUUCUCCCCACCGAUCUCUGUCCCCUGGGUGUGAGACCCCCCACCCGAUCUCUGUACCCUGGGUGGGACUGUUCUCCCCACCGAUCUCUGAAUGAAUGGGGAACCUCUCACACUCCACAUGAUGGAAACAAGUGGGGAGCAGGGACACACAUCCAGCAAAUCGGAAUCAAUGGACAACACGAAUCCCCCCCACGGUGUGGAAAUAAAUGGGGAACAGUGUGAACUGACCUCACCCCUGGAAUAUUGGAAUCCGUAUGGAACAGGGUCAGGCAUCCAGGAUAGAACAGACCAGUGGAGCUCCCACACAAGGUGGGAACGGAGGGAGGACCUGGUCACCGCUCCACAGGAGGGGAUGAACCUGUCAGAUCCCCAGCCUGUACUAACAUGUGGGGCACCCAUCACCCUGGGGCACUCCGUCACACCCAGCGGUGCAAAAACCACAGACAGGAUGAUGAAAAUCCCAAGGAAACACUGGCACCAUCCUGGUGUUCCUGGAGCUUUCUGCAAGCUGAUGUGACGGUGGGCUGUACUCAUGGGUAGUGUGAACGUUCCCUGUUGAUUACAAUAUUCCGAGGUUGUGGGACAACUCCCUGUGGAUUCAUAGAGUCACUCAGCGUAGGAACAGGCUCUUCCGCCCAACAUAUCUGUGCUGACAACCACCCAUUACACUAAUCUUACAUUGAUUCCAUGUUUUAUUCUCCCCACAUUCUUGUACCUCCAGCCCAGAUUUUACCCCCCAACUACACUCGGGCCAAUUAACUCACCAACCCGCACGUCCUCGGGAUGUGGGAGGAAUCUGGAGCACCCGGGGGGGAAACCCACACGGUCACAGGGAGAACAUGCAAACUUCCACGCAGCACCAAGAGGUCAGGAUUAAAUCCGGGUGUCCGGCGCUUUGAGGAUGUGGGAGUGUUCUCCACUGUUAGCUGUAUUCCAGAGAUGUGGGGUAUUCCCUGUUAAUUGCUGUAUUCCGGGAUUGUGGAAGCAUUCCUCUUCUGUACUCUGUAGACGUGUCCAUGUUUCCUGUUGAUCUUUAAAUGCUGAGUUUUGAAUAUAUUCUGCUGCUACUUCCAUAACUGAGGGAAUGUGAAUGUUUUCCACCGGUUCAGUGAAAGCUCUCGCACCUUUUUUCCAAUAAAACCACUCAAUGUCUCUUGGGAA